UUCGCCCCGCGCCCCAACGCCGCGACGCAGCGCGACUCAACACUCCCCCAAGCCGCAACCCCUCGCCAGUCGCCACCUCCCUCCCUCCGGCUCCUCCCCCAGAGCUCCCCCCAAACCCUUCCCCUCCCCGGCCCGGUUCCCGAUGGGCAAUUGCUCCCCCUCCCCGCGCCGCCGCCGCCCGUCCCCGGCCGGCUCCCCGCCCUCCCACUCCAGCACGGCCUCCGGCGGCGCCAGCGGCGGCGGCGGCGGCGGCGGCGGCACCACCGUGUCCCCGUAUGCGCUCGCCAGAUCCCCCUCCGUCUCCGUCUCCGUCGACCCGGAGGCCGACGCCGAGCGUGGGGGCGUCGUCCGCGUCUACGGCUCCGACGGCUGCCCCGUCGCGUGGCGCCUCCGCGUCGCGCUGCUCUACAAGGCGGCGGCGCCCGUGCACUUCACGCCGUCCGAGGCGGCCCCGCUCGGCCGCCCCGUGCUCCGCCUCUCCGCCGCCGACCCGGAGCUCUGCGGCGCCGCCGACGAGCUGCUGCGCCACGUCGACGCGCGCUUCGAGGGCAAGCCCCGCGUCGCGCCGCCCGACCGCCCGCCAUCCGCGCGCGCCUCGCUGGCCGCCGCGGCCGCCGAGGAGGUGGCCGAGAUGGUGCGGCUGCAGCACCGCAGCGCGGAGCGGCACCUGGAGGGCGUCGCCGCCAAGCUGGCGGAGAUGGUGAAGAAGGGGGCGAAGAAGGCCGGCAAGGGGCGGAACGUGGCGGUGGAGGGCGCCGAGGUGCGGAGGCUCGGGAAGUGGUACGGCGACGCCAUGGAGGUGAUGCUGGAGCACGCCAGGAUGGAGGAGCGGGUGCUGUUCCCCGACAUCCAGAGGGCUUCGUUCCCAGGGGUGUGCGAUAAGGUUCAGGAGCAGCACGGGAAGCACCUGCCCAUGAUGAACGGAAUCAAGGAGGAUAUAAAAACGCUUCUGACGCUGGAGCUGGGCAGCGCCCUCUUCUAUGAAGUGCUGGUCAACCUCUCCGUCCGCCUCAAAGCGUUGCAGGAUCACACCAAGGAGCACUUCAAGGAGGAAGAGAAGGAUAUGCUCCCACGAUUGGAAUCGGUACGGCGGAUGCAGCGCGAGGAGGGGAAUGUUCCUGACAAGUCCAACUCCGGAUGGGCGUCGGAGGCCAUGGGCACGAUGGAGAUGACGCACUCGAAGCUCUUCCCCUUCUUCAUGACCGGGCUCAUGCCCCAGGAGGCCGUGCAGUACCUCGACCUGGUGUGCAGAUGCACCAAGAACACCCGGCAUCUGGUCUCCAUGCUCAGAUCGCUCGCGGAGCGCCUGGAGGACGCGAACCCGUUGAUAAUCCACAACAACCCCACACGACUAUAUGAGCACCUACUUGUAAAAUCCCCAUAAGCUUCAGGUCCAGCAAAAAAUAUAGGGUAUUUACGUGCCACGUAAAUUGUGAAUGCCAACCAGCCAGCCCUCUUCUUUUCUCUUGUGUGGAGUGCAGCCAUGUAAUUCUUGGGUUUAUUGGGUGAGAGCGUGUAUAUCUAUCUUAUCACUCCGAAGUGUGCAAGGGAAAUGAAAAUUUGGAGUGAUAGCAA